GAAAGAAAGUGAAAUUUUUUUGGAUGACCUAUCACUUUAAUUCUGAGAUAAUGAGCAUUAAAAUUUUAUUUUAACCAUUAAUUUCACUACGAUUUCAAUUUUUAACAUGGUUUUAAUCAGUCAAUAUUUAAAGAUAUCCAGGUUAUAUUUUUACAGAAUAUUCUUCACAUUAUGUAAAAUGUACAGUAAAUCACAAAAAAAUGAGUUUAGCUGGGUUUUCACAGACUGGGUCACAUAGAAAAAUAAUUAAAAAUUUGCCACCCAUAGUCAGGGUUGCAAAAUUUGUCUUUUUUUGUGUGUGUGUUUUAUUUUGUGAAUUAUUUUAUUCAAACAUUUUUUAUAUAUUAUAUAAUAAUAUCCUUCCAUUAUAUGAGUGCCAGGAUCUGUUGCUUGGCAACAACACAUCAUGGAAUGUAUUUGAGAUUGAUCUUACAUAUCUGGCUAUUCACGCCACCAGCGGGGGAGGAAAAGAAUGAUAGAGUGAGAGAGAAAGAGAGCGAAGCAGAACGAUAGGAUCACUUUAAAGAGAACAUGAGAGAGAAGUGUGUGUGUGUGUUAGGAGUCGGGCAGCAAAUUCUACGGGCAACAAAGAAGGUAGGGAACAUGGAAUGAGAUGCUGAAAAAAACCUUAUUUUCAUUGCGUGAGCUGACGUAGAUAUCUGUGAGGACAGAAGAGAGUGAGGGAGAGAGAGAGAGUGAGUGAGAGGAUGCCGAGUGGGCAGGAAUACAGGAGGCGAGCAUCCUUUCGUCCAGUCGAGUGUGACGCAUCCCCUCCAGUGUGAGGUAACAGCGCUGGUGUCUUAUUAAUGAAUGGAGCGUCUCACAGGCAGCAAAACACUGCUCGAGCUCUCUCUCCCUCGACGGAGGAGGCAUCACAAGAAGACCAGCAAGAGCAUGUCUCACCUCGACGUGAAACAACAACAGCAACCAUCCGCAAAUAUGCAGGACCACCAGCACGAGGAAGAAAACGCGAGCGAUGCAGAGCCCAGCGCGCAUCAUGAAUAUCCUUUACCUCCUGGAUCGGAGGUGCGUACUUCUUUGUCUUCAUCUAACCUUCUUGUACCCUCGCCUUCUCAGCGUAGAUCCAUCUCCAUGGGGGACUUCCGAAGAGUCCCUGCCGGACAGGGCUUCGAGCCUCCUUCCUCAUCUGCCACGGCGCCCUCCUCCAAACUGGUGACCCCCAGCUCUAGUAUGGAGUUCGAAGCGGCUCGCCAGCGCCUCCUGGAGGUGGAGGAGAGGCAGCGUGUCAUCAGGGAGAUGGAGCGGCGAUUGGAGGAGCUGAGGGAGGUGUUUGUGCGCUCCGAGCAGGAGGCCGUCGAACACGGCGAGUUGGUGGCCCGCAUCGCUGCCGCCUCCCAGCAAGGAGAACUGUACGUGGCGGAGAACGGGCAGAGGCUGAAGAAGGGGUUGAGGUUUAAAAGGCACAGGCCUACUAUCGUGUUCUCCUCGAUGCUCGGAUUGAGAACGUGCCUCCCGUGGCCUGUCAAACUCAAAUAGUGAAACCGCUGCUGCUCACUUAGUUCUUUACCGCUGUCACACGUCACAUCACGUCUUCUCAGGAGGAUGUCAGAAGCUAUUUGUCGUUAGUCAGGAAACGCUCUGAACUUUUUCGUUAUGGGUGUGUAUUUUCUAACCGGGAACUUGGUGCUUUAUUUAGGCUGAAAGGCAGCCCCUCGUAAUGGUGCAGGCCUUAUAUUUGCUGCUUGACCCCGAGACUUUGAGGAUUUGCUGCAGUAUGUGUGAACUUUGCUGAUGUUUAGAGCUCCGUGCAUGUGAUACGCUCCACGUUUCUGGGUUUGUGGGAGAGUAUGCAGAGAGAGGAUUGUUUUGAUGGUGUGUGUGAGAACGUGCGAAUGAGAAAUGGGAAGAGAAGGGUGCUCCAGAACAUGUCUGUCAGGUUCAGUUUCUUCUGUUUGGUCCACAGAACGGUUUUGCAUGAACUUCCUGCUGCAGUAAGGUGUGCUGAAAUAGAGCCAUUAUUCUGUCAGGAUUAUUUUAAACCUUUCCUUUCUGAAGGCCCAAGGAACACAAAGAAUAUAGGAUUUCUGCACAUGGGGAUGAGGCUUGAGAAAAGUCCUUGCUCACCAGCAUGUGUGGAUGGAGGAGAGGAGCAGCGAUCUCUCGCUCCCUACGUAAACAUUCCGUCUGUGGCCUCUUUCGUUCCCCUGUUGCUUAGCAACCUGGACUGACUUUCAUGUCUUUCAGAAUGUAUUUUAACAGAUCAUCCAAAACUACAGCUCAUGAAUGACAGGUGGAGGACAUUUUCAGAUUCAUUUGCUGCAUAAUGUUCACUGAAAAGAGGAUUUACUUAAAUCCUAUUAGUAGUGUUUGAGUAUAUGAAUGCUGUUUUUACCGACAGGAGGUUUGAUGGUUGUUAUGAAGUUAAAAAUUCAAUUAAUAAUUCACCAAAAAAACUUGCAAAAUGAGAAAAUAUCCACGUUGCUUCAUUCCCUAUAGUGCAAGUGAAUUGUGACCGCGAAGGAAAGAGCACCCUGAAGGUAUCAUUAAUAUGACGUCAUGUGGCCAAGAAUAUUUUUUCCUUUCAUCGCACAUCAGGAAUAUAGCAGUUGUAUUUGAUCACACAAUUUAGUUUGGGGGUGAACUAUCUCUUUAAAGGGAUACUUCACCCAAAAAUGAAAAUUCUGUCAUCAUUACUCACCUUUGAGUUGUUCUAAAUCUGUAUAAAUUUCUUUGCUCAGAUGAACACGGAGAAAGAUAUUUGGAAGAAUGCUUAUAACCAGACAGACAGACCCCCCCCCCAUUGACUCCCAUAGUAGGAAAAAAUACAAUGGUAGUCAAAAAUGCCCCAGAACUGUUUGCUGUCCUACAUUCUUCAAAAUUUCUUCUUUUGUGUUCAACAGAACAAGAAGUAAUUUUUCCUACUAUUGGAGACAAUGGGGGGCAAGAUCUGUUUGGUUAUAAACAUUCUUCCAAAUAUUCAUCAGAACAAAGAAAUUUAUACAGGUAUGAAAUAACAUGAGGGUGAGUAAAUGAUGACAGAAUUUUCAUUUUUGGGUGAAGUAUCACUUUAAGCACUGGUUUGAUGAUAAAAUCAUAUUCUGGAUUUUUCGUUGGAUGCUCUGAGGCAGCCGUGUCCUUACUCCUACAUUUCUUUCCCUCUUUGAGCAAAUUGCUCUCCAGCGCAGCCUCAUUCGAGCCAUAGAGCGUUUGGGGACUUCAUUUAGGCACAGGAGAUUUCUAUUUUUGGCUUCAGCCGGUUAAGGCUGUAAGUUUCUGGGCUAGAUAGACAGAGAUGGAGUGAUGCUGCAGCUAAACUUACACAUCUUUAGUGAGUAGUUUGCAAUGUUAACCUUUCCGAAGGCAGUCAGAUUUAUGCUGUACUGCUGUGUAAACUAGCAGUACAUCUACUGUGAGAACGUGGCCUGGCAUCUUGCCUCAUUGCAUAACAAAGCAACCCUGCGUUUUAGAAAAACAGUGAAUUUUCCAUUUAAAAUCCCAUAUUUUUCACAGCUGAGUUGCAUUUGCUAUACUUAAAAAUAGCAUAAUAGUUAAAACUGUGCUGAAUAUUCAGAUUCAGAUUGUUCUAGUAAAAUCGAAAUGUCUUUAGAAUAAGAUUGAAAGCACCUAUUUACUAUAAUGUAACAUUUAACUAGUGGAAUUGAUCGGAAUGAUAUGAUGACAUAAACAUUGAAUGUCUUAUUAAAAUAGCGCAUUUAACAGGGGUCUGUCUGCAAUUUAUUUCUGUCUUUAUUCGCUCCUACCUGCAUGGUGCUUUGUUGUCUCUGCGUGACACCCAUUGCGCGUGUGGAUUUACGUCAUUUGUGGGGGCAGGAUGCCUUCAGAUCACCGUCUUUCAUUCUUUUACGUCAGCACAUAGAGCAACAACAGAGCGGCUGAUUCUUAAUUCAAGGGCUACUUUAUUGAAAGAGUAUCCUGAUGUUUUAAUGGGUGUGUUAAACUCCUUUAUUUUAGCAGGGAUUUAUUUAGGCAGCUGUAAACUAGGACACACGAUUGGCUGCUUUAAAGCGAGGAGAAAUGUGAACAUCCCGCAGUGUUCUUGAGCUACCUUAGACCAAACUAUGUGUUGUAAAUAUACUGUACCAUCAAAAACACUUAUAAUGGCAUCAACCAGAUAUUACCAGGGUUAUUAGAGUUUCUGCCGUAAUAGCUACAAUUAUGUAAAAACUAUGUAAAAUGAAUAUGUCAUUUCAUUUAAACUGUGUAGGAGGCUUUCUAAAUUGUAUUUUUUUAUUUUGGAUGACAGUGGUUCUAUGAAUAAUCCCAGUUUUAUUGUAACGUCAGUAGUAUUGUCACCAUGGUAACGGCAUUGUAAGGGUGUUUAUGUGUAGAAGUCCAUCAAUUUUGCAAGACAAACUGAAAUUUGUUUCUCAUUGGCAUUUGUAUGCUGUCUUUAUCUAUAUGAUAUGUCUCGGUGUGUAGAGUUGAAUACUCAUCAAUAUUCAUGCCUUAUCUCUGUACAAACUGUAUGUAUAGUCAAUACUGUGUGGUUAAACCAUAUGGAUCAUCUCAGCCUAUUCAUGCGCUGAUUUUUGCACUGCACCUUUUAUGAGUUUUGCUAUGAGAAAAGUAAACAAAAGCGUUCCCAAAGAUCUCUAUGGGCCCACUCACAGACUGAAUGUAAUGUCAUGUUUAUAUAGUAACACUUUACAGAAAGGUGGCAUUUGUUAACAUUAGUCAAUAUGAACUAACAGAGAACAACCCUUGUACAGCAUUCGUUAAUUAUAUUACAUGUUAAUUUUAACAUUUACUAAUAAAUAUUUCAAAUCAUUAGUUAAAGCUCAAUGAUAAUAAAUGCUGUAAAAUAUGUUGCUCAUUAUUAAUUCGAGUUGGUCAAAGGAUUUUAAAUAAAUGUUAAUAAAUGAGACCAUGUUAAUGCUUCUAUGUAGAGUGAUGACAUUAUCCUAUAGGGUUUCAUCAUGAUUCUGUAAAUCCUUAUGUUGUUGGACAUUCACAGCUAAUUUAAGCCUAUUCAUUUUAUUGUUCACUCAGUUGUAAAAUAACUUGAGCAUUUUUAUUUUAGCAAACCUUUAAGUGAUGCUUUUCUGGAGGACAAAGUUUUUUUAAGCUUAUUAUAUUCUUUUAAACACUUCUGAACAAUACGAGAAUGUAUCAAAUGUUUAAUUUAUGUAUUUAAUUUGCUUUGCAAACUUAUUCAAGACAAAACAUGUUUUUAUCCUAAAAAGAUAUUCUGUAAUGACUAUAAAUUAAACGUUUCAUAGAGCAAU